UGGGCGAGGAAGGAAAUGAGCGCCUCCGAGAAGCUCCAAUCCCUCGGCUACGUUGUCAACAAGGAUCUCAAGCUUGAAGACGCUCGAUCAGGCGAACCUUACAGCUUUGUGAAGGAAAGUUACGAUGAGGUCGCAGACGCAGUCGCGGAGGUGAUCCACGAGAAGAUGCAAGGGGCUCCAUACCACAUGGAAAAGGUGAAUCUACCUUCGCAAUCGAUCCUGAAGAAAGAGGUGCGAGCCCCCGUUUACCUGUCACCAAAUGCCUAUGAAGCUACAACGCUGCUCGUCCUUCUGUGUGGCUCUGGAAGUGUCUCUGCGGGACAAUGGUCAAGAAGACUCUGUAUCAACGAUUCCUUUCGCUCUGGAAGCGUCUUGCCUUUUCUCGAUUGGGCACACACUCAGAACAUGGCCGUGCUCGUUCUCAAUCCAAACACCUAUCGCCAGAAGGUAGAGCGCAGCAAACGCAAAUCAAAGGGCAAGAGGAAGGUUCCGGCGCAUCCGGAUGCGCAUGUCAGGCAUGCAUGGGACUUCAUUCGCACGAAAAUGUCAAACAUACAGAAGAUUGCCAUGGUUGCUCACUCUUACGGUGGCGUACAGACAUGCCUUCUCUUGGAAUACGGAGGACAAGGCCUGCUGCAGCGAUUACAAUGUGUCGCGUUUACUGAUUCCGUUCAUUCGUCAGAUCACAUCGAGGUGCGUAUUUCCUUAAUCCAGGAUGUGAUUGUGAUCCAAAAUGCUUGUACACGCAGAGCCUCCCGGUUCACGCACAGCACUUCCUCACACACAAGUGCAUCAACUGGGCAACAAGCUCGAAAAACCUGAACACUCCUCUGGAAAGUCCGUUU